AUGUAUAUCGAUCCCAAGCGGAAUAACGAGAUAACAAGGCUGAACUUUGACAGCAGACAGGGACACGAGGCUAUGUCACAGCCAGCGUCGGAGCAGCAGCAAAUGCUAAACGGGGACGUUGGAGCGGUAUCUGCAAUGCAAAAUACAAAUGAGAGAAGUCUACAGUCGUCUGAACAAGAUAAUCCAGUACUGAAUGCGUCUAUAUCAAGCUUGGCGGCGCAAGAUCCCGCAACAGAAAUUCAAAGUCGGAAGACCUCCGGAAAAUAUAAUUUACACGACUUCCAGAUACUGCGUACGCUUGGUACUGGUUCCUUCGGCCGUGUUCACUUAGUCCGGUCGAACCACAACGGCCGGUUCUAUGCAAUGAAAGUGUUAAAGAAACGCACCAUUGUAAAGCUGAAGCAGGUGGAGCAUACUAACGAUGAGCGCCGUAUGCUGUCUAUUGUAUCUCAUCCUUUCAUAAUUAGAAUGUGGGGUACCUUUCAAGAUGCAGAGCAGGUUUUCAUGAUAAUGGACUAUAUUGAAGGUGGUGAACUGUUCUCACUGCUGCGGAAGUCACAGCGGUUUCCAAAUCCAGUUGCUAAGUUUUACGCCGCAGAAGUAUGUCUGGCUCUCGAAUAUCUGCAUUCAAAAGAUAUAAUUUACCGUGACUUAAAACCGGAGAAUGUGCUUCUGGACAAGAACGGCCACAUUAAGAUAACUGACUUUGGCUUUGCCAAAUUUGUACCCGACGUCACCUAUACUCUUUGCGGGACUCCGGAUUACAUUGCGCCAGAAGUUGUUAGCACUAAGCCCUACAACAAAUCAGUCGAUUGGUGGAGUUUUGGAAUACUCAUUUAUGAGAUGCUGGCAGGUUACACACCCUUCUACGAUUCCAAUACGAUGAAGACUUAUGAGAACAUUUUAAAUGCUCCAUUACAGUUCCCAUCUUUUUUCCAUCCCGAUGUUAAGAAUCUUCUGAGUCAGUUAAUCACUAGAGAUUUGAGUAAGCGAUUGGGAAACCUGCAAAACGGCAGCGAGGAUGUUAAAAAUCAUCCCUGGUUCAGCGAGGUAGUAUGGGAGAAACUUUUGUGCAGAAAUAUAGAGACACCCUAUGAGCCUCCUAUUCAAUCCGGACAGGGUGACGCUUCGCAGUACGAUAGAUACCCUGAAGAAGACGUGAAUUACGGCGUCCAGGGAGAAGAUCCCUAUAAGGAUUUAUUUUCCGAAUUUUAA